GUCGACGAUCAGCAACGCUAAAUUGUGUGAAAACGUUUAGAAUUGAGUUUUCUUUCGAUUGUAUUUGUCGUUGGUGUUUUAUCCUUCUGUCAUCUGCUUAGGAUGACCCGACACAUAGGCCCUGCGCAGUGCGACAGCUAAGCUUCCCCUCCGAGUGUCUGUCUGCGAUGGCGCUGCCGGCGACCGCCUGGGGAUUCGCGGACAACGACGACGACACUGGCAGGCGCCGUGAAAGACCUGGCUUGUUUCUUCCGAAUCGCAAGCUUCGCCAUCUGCAGGGCGUGUCUGUCCGGAAUCUCGUUGUUAGUCCGCCGAGUCGACCGCGCGGGAAGACCAUCGACGAUGACAACAUCCCCAACUCGCUACAUACGCCCUUGAAAGCGCUCGCCGAGGAUGCAGCGAAACCCUUACAUCAGUCGCGCUCCUUCACCGAUCUCAAGUCGACCCCCGCCUCCAGCAGCGCAGAAGACCGCCCCCGGAGAGAACAGCCACCCCCGUUGCGACAAUGGCAGAGGAGGAACACGCUACCCUGGAAUGGGCCCAAUCCGCGCGCGCGUCAGGUGAAGUUGGAGGAGAUUACGAGCAGCCGUAUGGCCGACACGUGGUUCUCGAUUCACUGCGACGGGGUCGACGAGCCGGUUUACGUGAGUGAGGUGGUCGAGCAUGCCACCAACCCCAGCUUCCGGUCUUUUGAUCUGAAUAUAUGUGGGCCGGCAAUCGCUCGUCGCGACCAGGUUACGGUGAAGGUCUGGGCACGUACGGCGGCCAUGGAGGAGUACUUGCUGCUGGUGGAAUUGCAGCUGUGUCUGCAGUCUUUACAAUUCCUGGGGAAGUCACUGGAUAACUUCCAUCAGCCGCUCCCACCGAACUCGAUCCUGUUUCAUUUCGCAGAUGGCGUCUACACCAAUCUAACUGACCUUCCCCCCGUGAUCGCUUCUAUACCUCCCCGCCACCCCCGAUCCGCCGAUGGUGCCACGUUACCGACGUCGUCGUACGAUGCGCUGAUGCGAUUGGCCAAUUUGGAUGAGUGUAUCCAGGAUGCCCUGACGACCCGAGAUAAGCUCGAGGCGCAAAUCAGCUCGAUAUUAGAGAAGAACCAGCGCGCUCUGACUACGACCAGUAAUGCGUCGCGGGCCCGGGAUAAGCUUGCGCUGGCCAAGCAUGCCGUUGCGACGGAGCGGAAGCAGCUUCGCACUUUAACGAAGCGGAAGGAAGAAUUGAUCGCCAGUCUUCAAGCGAGACGAGAGGCCAUGGAGCGUGGACGCCAGACACAAGCUAGGGCGCGCAGUCAUCUCCCGGACGCGCAAGAGAAACUGGGCUCGAGCGUGAAGUUGCUGGAACAGAACACGGACGAGGGCCGCGGUCAGAUCCGGCGCAUGUCGGAGGACCUACUUGCGAUUUAUCCUAUUGAACCCAUCCCGGACAAACCGCUGGCUUUCACCAUCGCUGGAAUGGCCUUGCCCAACUCGAAUUUUACGGAUGUCGACCGCGAUGGGGUUGCGGCGGCGCUGGGUUAUACCGCACAUCUCGUGUAUCUGCUGUCGUUCUAUCUGUCCAUUCCGCUGCCAUACCCGAUCAGCCCGUAUCUGUCGCACUCGCUGAUUCAGGACCCGGUGUCUGCAUCGCUGCCGCAGCGAACCUAUCCACUCUACCCGGUGAAUGUGCAGUACCGGUUUGAGUAUGGGGUAUUCUUGCUGAAUAAGGAUAUUGAGUUUCUCUUGAACAAGCAAGGGCUGCGCGUGCUCGACAUCCGACAUACCCUCCCCAACCUGAAGUAUCUGCUGUAUGUGCUCACGGCGGGCACGACGGACAUCCCCGCACGCAAAGCUGGGGGCAUCCGGGGCCUUCUGCCUGGGCGAUUAACACCGAGUCUAUCGCGCCGGGGUAGUGAGGCCAGCAGUACUAAUGGCGAGGCAGUGUUCCCUCGCAAAGUGGUGGGCUCAGUGAUAAGUGCCAACGGGGAAGGGAUAGCGCCCGACAAGGGAAAGCGAGCCAUGGCGAGUACUAGUUUGGCCGGUGCAGCGCCAUCUGUGGCCUGA